AUGACCCAGCGGUUGCACGAGCGGCGAAAUGCAGCGGCGGCGACCACGGAUGCUGCUACUGCGUCGUCGCACAACAACCACCACGGCCACCCGCACAGCCACGCGCAUGCGCAUCACCACCAGAGCCACCACUCGGCCGCGGCGCACGGCCGGCACGACAUGCAGGCCGACCAUCCAUCGCCUGCCGUCUUCACCCCGCCGGCGUUCAGCGACCAUCACGCCGCCAACCACGCCGACCGCGGCUGGGGCAACUUUGGCGGGCCCCACUUGCGCUCGCACGGGCUCACACCGGGCGCCUCGGGCCACCACGAAACGAGCAACCUGCUCUCCAUCCCAGGAUUUGCAGGUCCUCUGUCCACGAAUAGCGAGCUGGAACUCAUCCAGCAAAUUAGCCCUUUUGAUGCAAGCUUUGCGCAGGUUUUGACGGAUGACGGGGACCGCGCUUCUCGAAGGUCGCGACGGUCGAAGGAGAAUGGCGCUGCAGCGUCGCCGGGCGUCAUUCACAUCACGCCAGCAUCGCCGCGUCCCCGAAGUGGUCGGGUGCGCAUGGAGGCACAUGAACCGGAGCAGGCGGCGGAUGCGAGCAGCCAUGAAACAGACGACGAGCCCAGCGCGGGUCCACGACGAAGGCACUCGGAGCGCAACGGCCGCCGCCAGUCCCCAUUCACAAUUUCAACCGCGCCAGAGCAACAGCUGUCCGCAAGAAUCAUUACAGAAGCCGACAUGGAGCACUCGUCCAACGCCGCGCAUCCGCGUCGCUCUGCUCGCAUUGCGGCAAGUCCUGGCCUGCUGCUCUCCACAUUUCAAAUCACGGAAGUCAUUACUCCGUCCGUCCUGUCGCGAGUGGCUCUAAAUACGCCGUUCUUGAAUGAGGUGCAUUCUGGAAUGCUUGAUCUGGACAACAUGCCGCACGAACCCAUCACUGCCUCGAUUGUCCACACAACGACCCCGGCUCAACGCGUGAUUGAGCUGGCCAAGCCCGUGCUCUUGCCUGGACGGCAGCGGCGAUCGCUCAACGGCACGCGUCCCACUCUUUCAUCGCCGGGGGUGGAUGCGUCGUCUUCGUCGUCUCCCUCACUGUCUGCGUCCGACGCGACAUCAUCCAAUCUUCCCGUGUUUGUUGUUACUUCAGCCACAGCCCGCGAAGCCCUGCCUGGCACCACUUCAGCAGCCGCAGCCUCAGCAGCCGCAGCCUCAGCAGCCUCGGCGUCCCACCGGAACAAGCCCACACACCCCCAUACUGCGGUGGUUGGUCCCCCGCCAAUCACCCCUGGCACAUUUGAUCGUUUCAUCUCCCCGCUGUUCCAGUCUGGAGAGGCGGCUUCGGUCGCAAACACGACAAGUGCCGCCCCUUCUAGCUCUGUUAAAAAGUCGAGCGCCGCGAAAGCAGUCAAGCCCAGUAAGCGCUCUGCGGCGGAGGCCGACUUGGACGUGAACGACUCGGACGCGGACAGCACUUCCGAGUUUACUGCCCGGCCCGGCGCCACAGAGGAGGAGCGUCGCCAGCUGGCCCUUGCACGCAACCGCCAGGCAGCCUCUCGGUGUCGCGCCAAAAAGAAGAGGUGGCUGUCCGAUCUCGAACAGCGCGAGCAGUCCAUUCAAAUGCACAACAGCGCGCUCGUCCUCGAGGUUGAGGAGCUGCGCAUGGAGAUUGAGCGUCUGCGCCAGGUGCUCUUGAAACACACCGACUGUGCAGUGACUCGUGCACUCCAGGCCAGCGGUGGCGACACAGGGAUGGAGGUCAAACCCACGAUUGCCUCGGCCUCGAAUCGAGUCGCACAAAUAGAGCAGAAUGCCGAAAUCCCAACCAAACCCACUGUCGUCAAGUUUGCCCUGCGAACCCCUGCAAAGCACUCUCAAUCAACGUACAAGUAUGCAGGGUGAAAAGGCGAGGUGGGGGAGUUUUGCAUGGCAAAAAUGUAUCCGCUUUGAUAGUUGGUUGUAUUCGCUUGCUUUUGGUGAGUUUUUUGGUGUGAUGCUCUGGUCUAGUACACUGCCAAGAUCUCCGUUUGUUUUGUUGCAAUGUUUACAUUGUGUAUUGUUGUUGUUCUUAACACUUUUUG